ACUAAGUGGAAAGGAGAAGGAAACGGAUAAGAGAAAGAGAACACCAUUGUCUUCUGAAAAAAUGGCUGCUUCACUUUCUUCAGUGAUUCCUCUGUCUCGAAACGGCGUUUCUCUCCAAUUCUCCCACACGAAACGCCCGCAAUUCCACUCCCCCACGCGCGUAUUUUGCUCCGCUUCUAGGGAUGGUCAUGAAACAAAGGAAGAACUGAGUCAGUGGAAGCAAGCUAAGAAUGUAGCUUGUGGGAUUCUUGCUGUUUGGGCCGUGACUACCGCUGCCUCACCUGUAAUUGCUGCUGGUCAGAGGUUGCCUCCACUGUCUACUGAUCCAAAGCGAUGUGAGGUUGCAUUUGUUGGAAAUACAAUAGGUCAGGCAAAUGGAGUUUACGACAAGGCAAUUGAUCUCCGCUUCUGUGACUACACAAACGAGAAGUCCAAUCUUAAGGGAAAGAGUCUUGCGGCAGCACUCAUGUCCGGAGCCAAAUUUGAUGGCGCAGACAUGUCAGAAGUUGUGAUGUCAAAGGCUUAUGCUGCAGGAGCUAGCUUCAAGGGUACUGACUUCACGAAUGCAGUUCUAGACCGGGUUAACUUUGAGAAAGCGAAUCUGCAAGGAGCUUUGUUUGUUAACAGUGUCUUAUCAGGUUCCACCUUUAACGAAGCAAACCUGGACGGUGCAGUUUUCGAGGAUACCAUUAUAGGGUAUAUUGAUCUUCAGAAAAUUUGUAGAAAUACAUCUAUCAAUGACGAAGGAAGAGCUGCUCUAGGGUGUCGAUAAUCCAAGACUCCGUGGCCUUUGGAUUGCAUAAAUCAAAGAAAAAUCAAGCGACAGAAUAAACAAAGGGGUGCAGACGAAAAAAAAGAGUGCGGAUAUCGUUUUUCAAAAGGAAAAUGUGAGGAAGGGGCAUAUUAUGAUAUGGGUAGCUAGAUCGCAAUGCACGUAUGCAGCAUACCAGAAAUCAGAUGCUACGCACUUCCUCAUUACUUCAUUUGAAAUUGAAAUUCAUAAUUCACCAACCAACUUUAUAUAAUUUUUAAUCAAACCUAAGGGUUGUGCUCCUCACUUCCCAGCCCCCACCA